AUGUUCUACCUCUGCGGCGAAUUCGAGCUGCCGAAAAAGGACAAGAAAGCCCGCUUCUCCGAGCCUCACGUAACCGGCAAGCAAGUGGCCGAGAUGAACAACGCCAUCGACGCUUUUUUCGCCCGGCUGCCGAUUUUCGCCACGAUUGACAGGCGCAUACUGGUGGUGCACGGUGGCCCUUGCCCUGAGCUGACAAAGGAGCUGCUCCGCGAGGGAUUCGACCUCAGCGACCCGAAGCUCAACGAUCUUCGCGUCGCCUCCGUGAUGAGCUGCCCGCAAUGGCAUCGAAAAGAGUUCGAAAAGAAGAAGGCAAACGACGGGGGCUACCUGUUCGGCAAACAAGCAGUAGCCGACGUCCGCAAGCAGCUCGACGUCGAUUUCAUCAUCCGCGGCAAUGAGUCCUUGAACGCGGGCAUCAAGCUCUUCGGCGAUUGGGUGAUCUCUCUUUACUCGACGCCCACCGAAUUUCAGGAGGAGAUGUUUACCGCUUCACAACUUCCCAUCGAGCUGUUGGACGAAGUUAUCAAAAAGCUUGGGCCCGACGAGCGAGAUAACCUUCGGCGCACCAACCAGUUUUUCUCCCGUUUCCAAUACCACAAGCGCUUGUUCCCGGAACGUAUCGAGCGUCUACAAGUCUCAUCGAACAAAAUCAUUGUCGAAUUUGCUGGUGGCCAGAUUUCGAUCAGCAAAACGAAGAUCGGCAAUGAGUUGUUGUUGCGGAAUAAUGCGUCUUCGCUGUUGAUCACCAAAACACACGGGAUGGCGCUGUUUUCCGAGUCGUUGCGUCGAGCAUCGAUCAGGGUUGUUGAGAGAGACCUUUCCUUGAACUCGACGCAUGUCCUUGACAGCCAGGGCAAAGCCGACGAAGCAUGGUGGCAGAUGGCUUUUUCUUUCCGGCAGGCAUGUCUCGUGGAUUUGGACGUAUUUUCGAACACCGCCCCGCUUUUUGUAAACUGGUUAGGGGAUCGCCCUGUAGAGCAUUUGAGGCUCAAAAUUAAGCAUCGACCAACUAGCGAACCGAUGGCACUUCCGGUGGCUCUGAACUCGUCGACGGCGCUCCGCUCGGCGCGCCUUGUCGAGCUUCACAUCGGGGAUCACGAGAAACUGGCAGCGAUCCCGGAGAUCAGCGCCGAACUUCGAGUUUUUGGGUCGAUAUUCAUUUGCCAAGAAUUUUUGGAGAAGCUACGAAGCGGAAAGGAGGCAACGUUUAGAAAAGCUAAAUUAGUGCCUGCCGUGGAAGAAGAGCGGAAAACGGAAAUUCCGAAACCGAAUGACGAUAACGCUGCCGAGAAGCAAAACGAUAGCUCCUCCUCCCCGGAGCCGAAGAAGAAGCUCCACAGAGAGAUUCGGGAUCAACACAGACGCUGUUGUUUGCUGGUUCAGCCCAUGCACCAU